AGGAGACGCAUAUACUCAGUCAUGCUGUCUUGCAAGUUCUUCCUCGUGGUUCUCUGUCUUGGUGUGGCUGCUGCCGAGGAAACCUCUAGGGAAAAACGUGGCUUCGCUGGAGGUUACGGAGGCGGCUAUGGUGGUGGCGGCGGUGGCGGCGGUGGAGCUUAUGGUAACGGUGGCAGCUACUUGGUGGUGGGUGGUUAUGGUCAUGGUGGACAUGGUCCCACGGCCGCUGACAUCGCUAACCAGGCUGCCUCUCAAGCUACCGCGGCUUUCGCUAGUCUAGGAGGGGCAGCUCACUCUGCAGCUGCAGGAGCAGCAGCAGGUGCUGCAGCUGCUGCUGCCGCUGCCUCACAGACAGCUCAGGCUGCCGCAGCCAACAGACACGCACAAGCUGCACAGAUCACACAAGCAGCGCAGGGAGCUCAGGCGGCGGCCUUCCAAGAGGCAUCACUAGCUGGCAAGGCUCACAAGGCUGAGCAAGCAGCUAAGGUGGCCCAUUCCAUGGCACAAGCUCUGGUCAGUAACUUGGGUCAAGUCUCUGGAGAGACCAACGCUCUGGCAGGUCAGGCUACCAAUAGUCUGGCUGCUCAGGAAAGUGUCCUUAACUCACAGAACUCCAUGGCGUGGCAAGCCCAACAGGCUGCCAAUUCUCUGCGCACACAGCAGAAUGUUGUCAUCAACGACUUGCACUCCGCUGCAGGCGCCGCCUCUCAGGCUCAGAUCGCAGCAUCCAAGGCUCUCGCUAAGGCAAAAGGGGCUAAUAAUGGAGGGUUUGGGGGUUACGGAGCAGGACAUGGGUUUGGAUAUGGAGGGGGAUACCACUGAAGAUAAGGAAGAAAUAUCGUCCUCCAAAGUAUGCGAGAAACUGUCAGAAUCAGAUGCAGUGGAUCGUGUUAGUAGGAGCAGCAUCUUGAAGAAUGUCAGUAGUAGGGCUUGCAGGAUCUUCACGUACCAGAUAAUCUUGUACGCAGCUGCAAUAUUUCAGUUAUUGUACAUACCCUCCUAAUAAAAGAAUGGAGGCUUUAUUAAUAAACAAGAUAUAUGAAGAGUAA